ACGUUCCUUUUUCAAAAGCCCCAACUCUAAAUCCGGAAAUCGCCGCCAUGCUGACCGAGGCAUCCAGAAACCGGGAUAAUCGCAUUCUCGCCAAACAGGAGCAGAUAGGAAAAGCUCUUUCUGGUCUAGGCAAGGCUAUGACCUCCCUUUUGAAAAAGGAUCCUAAUAUAGCUGAAGCUAUACGUAUGUUAAGUGACGUCGGAAAAUUAGUUGCCGACGCGCACUUUGCCGAAACAGAAACUCGUCGGUCGGUCAUAAUUCCGCUGGUCGAUAAAUCGCUCAUCGAGCCCUUUAAAGAUAGGAAAAGGGAUAGUUUUUUAUUCGGCGAAAAGCUGGGCGAGUUAGUUAAGAACUCCCGCGGUAUCAAGAAAACUGGGCAGUUGAUUCAAGCAGCCCCUACAGGAGCUGUUUCAAGCUCCGUUUUAAACUGGAGGCCCCCACCGCCACGCCCGCGCCUGCAGCGCGGCGGCCAGCUGCCGUAUCCCGGCCGCGGCGGGGGGCACCGCGGGUACUACCACUACCAACCCCGGCGCCGAGCGCCGCCAGCCCAGAACACGACCUCCCGGCGCCAGGCGCAGCAUCCGCCGCCGGCGCCUCCGCCGCCGAAGCGACAAGCAGCCCAGGCAGCGCGUCCGCCGGCCAACCAGCCACAAUCAUAGACCCACAGAUUAACUCACCCGCUGCACCGGCACCUUACCCUGGCAGCGAGCGUGUUAUCAGGGAAAGCUUUAUCAGAAGAGGGGUACCAGAGUCGGCCUUAAAUGUCUUACUUUCCUCAAUCACACAGAGUACUAAGUCGCAG